UGCACCGGGUGUAACCAACGAGCUAACGUUAGGCUAGUUAGAUGUAGCCAGCUAGCUUUAGAGUCCUAUUCGCGUACGCAGCUGGAGAAUAAACACCACACACAUUUUUUUUGAGAGAUACUGAUGAAACUCGUCGGUGUCCCGUUUAUUUCACAAUCACCACGCUGGUGUCGUCGACGUCUUCGGUUUAAUUGUUUUCACCAUUAGCUUGUUCCUGUGCUGGUCAGCUAAGCUAGUUAGCCUCUCCAGCUAGCUAGGCACAGUGUCGUAUGGGUGUCAAAGUUAGCUGUGACUUCUCCGGGUGUCUGGGUGCCUGAUCUCACAUUUCGGACACGUCAAGGUUCGUAAAAUCUGUCUCCUGGUUUUGGGGGCUGUGAUGUCGGAGCCCAAGAGCCCCACUCCCACUCCUGCUGGCGACACAUACAAAGGAUGGGUGUUCAAGUGGACAAAUUACAUCAAGGGUUAUCAGCGGAGGUGGUUUGUCCUGAGCAAUGGGCUAUUGUCAUACUACAGGACCCAGGCAGAGAUGGGCCACACGUGUCGAGGUACAAUCAACUUGGCCACGGCAACUAUCACUGUGGACGACGCAUGCAACUUUGUCAUCUCCAACGGAGGGGCACAGACCUAUCACCUGAAGGCCAGCUGUGAAGUGGAGCGUCAGCGCUGGAUCACUGCGCUGGAACUGGCCAAAGCCAAGGCGGCACGGAUGCAGGCUGAGUCCGAUGACUCGGGGGAUGACUUUUCCCCAUCUUCCCCGCCGGCAGCACCUGGACAAGGUGGCGGGUCUCAGAAUUCAGAGGUUCAGUCUGCUCUCAGAACACUAGGAAGCAAGGUGGAGGAUCUCAGCACCUGCAACGAUCUAAUUUCAAAGCAUGGCUCUGCCCUCCAGAGGUCUUUAUCAGAACUGGACAGUUUGCGUCUGGCUGGAGAGGCCGGGGAUAAGAUCCGUCAGGUGACAGAGAGGGCCACGCUGUUCCGCAUCACCUCCAAUGCCAUGAUUAAUGCGUGCCGAGACUUUCUUGCCCUCGCUCAGGCUCACAGCAAGCGGUGGCAGAAAGCCCUUCAAGCAGAACGGGACCAGCGGGUCAGGCUGGAGGAGACUUUAGAGCAACUGGCCAAGCAGCACAACCACCUGGAGAGAGCGUUCAGAGGGGCUUCACAGGCUAAUGCUACUGCAGACAAUAAAGGUUCUGCCGGGCCGGGAAAAGGUGAGGCCAGCGACGAUGAUGACGACAACGAGUUCUUUGACGCCAUGGAGGAAGCUCCUGAGUUUAUCACUGUACCUGCGGACCCCCACUUCCACAAAAGGUCAAGCAGUAAUAUCAGCGGUUUCAACAGUGAAAUGUGUCCUGAUGAUCAAUCGCUCAAUGAGGAGCCUUUAGCGAUGAACCAGGAAUCUCCCUCGCAGGAGUUGGUACCGCUGAAGAAGAGGCGGACGCGCAUUUCAGACAAACCCAACUACUCCCUCAACCUGUGGAGUAUCAUGAAGAACUGUAUUGGCAAAGAGCUGUCCAAGAUCCCAAUGCCUGUGAACUUCAACGAGCCCAUUUCCAUGCUGCAGCGGUUGUCGGAGGACCUCGAGUACCACGAGCUGCUGGACAAGGCCUCCAAGUGCCAGAGUUCGCUGGAGCAGAUGUGCUACGUGGCCGCCUUCUCCGUGUCCUCCUACUCGACCACCGUGUACCGCACGGGCAAGCCCUUCAACCCUCUGCUGGGAGAGACGUACGAGCUAGACCGCCGGAGAGAGAGCGGCUACCGCUCCCUCUGCGAGCAGGUGAGUCACCACCCACCUGCAGCAGCACAUCAUGUGAUAUCUGAUCGAGGCUGGACCCUGAGGCAGGAAAUCACUGUUGCCAGCAAGUUCAGGGGCAAAUACCUCUCCAUUAUGCCCUUAGGCACAAUUCACGCCAUCUUUGAAAAGGGCAACAAUCACUACACAUGGAAGAAAGUUACCACCACCGUGCACAACAUCAUUGUAGGGAAACUAUGGAUCGAUCAGUCAGGAGAGAUAGACGUGGUGAACCACACCACCGGAGACCGCUGCCACUUGAAGUUUGCUCCUUACAGCUACUUCUCCAGAGACGUUGCCAGGAAGGUGACAGGUGUGGUGAUGGACAAGGACGGCAAGGCCCACUACGUGCUGUCCGGCACGUGGGAUGAGAAGAUGGAGUUUUCCCGGGUGAUGCAGAGCAGCAGAGGGGAGAAUGGCACAGAGGGCAAACAGAAGACCGUCUAUCAAACCCUCAAAGCCAGAGAGGUGUGGAGGAGGAACCCUCUACCUGAGGCAGCAGAGACAAUGUACUACUUCACUGGCUUGGCGCUGACCCUAAACGAGAUGGAGGAGGGCGUGGCGCCCACCGACAGCCGGCGACGGCCCGACCAGCGCCUGAUGGAGGACGGCCGCUGGGACGAGGCCAACUCGGAGAAGCAGCGGCUGGAGGAGAAGCAGCGCAGCGUCAGGCGGGAGAGAGAGAGGGAAGCUGCCAGCCAACGCACCUCCAGCCAAUCAGAAGAAGCUGUCGAUGAGGACUCUCUUACUGAUCCGUCCUUAAAAAGCGCGCCUCAUGAUAACUACCAGGCACUUUGGUUCGAGCGCUGCGAGGACCAGAUCACAGGUGAGCAAAUCCAUAUCUAUAAGGGAGGCUAUUGGGAAGCCAAGGACCACGGCACCUGGGAGGGCUGUCCGGACAUAUUUUGACCCCGGCAUUGACUGCGAAGUGCCCCCGAAGAGACUGAUCCAUCGAAGCAGCCUGGCGGACAGCUAACGCAAAGACCAGCUUGUCGUCCCCCCCCCCAAACACUUGGACAAUUGACUCCCUCCAGUGGCUCUCUGUUCUAAGAGAUCUCCAGGACGGUCACUGCUGUCUGAUCCAGCAGAAGAGCACAGAUUUCUUUGCUCCGGCCCCCCUUUCAUCCCAUUUUGACUCCUUGAGUCUUAGCACCUACACCCCCUUUGUUGGCGUCACACAUCUGAGAGGACAGGAACAAAAAAAAAAUAAUGUUUGUGCUGCUUCGACUCGGGUCAGGCUGAGGGGGAGGAAAUGAAACCCGCAGUGCUUCCAAAUCAUUAGUAGAUCCUUCUUUUUAGUCUCUCUGCUCGAGUCUCUCAGAUCAGGAGCAGAAGAGGUUUUGUGCUGAUAACACCCUGUGAGAUAAUAUAGUGUUCCUGUUGUCAUCCACAGCAUUGUGUGCUUUGGUAAUCACUCUAAAAAAAAAAACAACAACUGGUUAAUAUAUACAUUUAUGUAUAGAUAUGAUUCAAAUAAUUUCAUUAAAAAUGUCGACUGGUGGCCUUCAAGACGUUAGCGAGGAUUUCUUGUUUAUCUUUCUGAUUUAGUGUCUUAAUGUAAUGAAGUGAAGGUUCUAGUGUGCUUGUGUGUAUGACUGCAUAUCUGCUCUUUCAUCACUUUACAACACUGCCACUGUGCAGUACACAGUGAACGAAGAAAUGAUUGUCUGAGAUACCGAUUGAACCUCCACACUCAUGUUUAGUAGGUGGAAUAGAUUUAUUUUGUUUUCCAUCACAAAGGCCUGAUGAAAAUGAUGAUGGAGAAACGUUUGAUGUGGCUAACAUGACCCGUUGUCUUUGCCUUAGAAAAGAGAAACCUGCUCUCGUUUGUAUUUGAAUCACACCUGAUUGGAUAUGAUGCUGAAAUGUGGAGAGGUUUCUUUUUCAAAAAUGAAAACUUUGAAGAAGUAGGGAAAAGGCUACAGAGCUGCAACAUGGCAAAACGCUUGUCCCAGUGCUGAGAAAAUCUCACAUAAGUGCAGUUUUAUUUAAUAACAUUUAUUCAAAUUACCCCUUUUCACAACAUUAGAAUAAUGUUCUUUCCGUUUAGCAGAAAUGUGGUGUGAUUUUUGUGUUGAGAGGAACACAGACAAAUAGGCAAAGAAAACAAUUAAAAGUAAAUGCAGUGGUGAAAAAAACCCUUUGUGUAUCUGCUGAAGAGUUCAUACAUAUGCAAGUACAUUUUGACACCAAAAACAUGGGAUAUAAUGUGUGUGUUUAUUGAGGUGUGUGUGUGAGUGGGUGUGUGUGAAUUUCAUAAUUUUGUUUGUAAGUGUACUUAAAAAUGAAGAAUAAAGAAACAAAGAAUUUAAAAUCAUUGCAAAUAACUAUGAUUUUAUAAAUGUAUAGAAAUUCAUUUAGUAUUGACAACUGUAAGGUAGUUUUUUUUUUUUUUUUUUUCUUGUAUUUUUGGUUCCACUCCUGUAAUUGGAAAAAGGACUGUCUUCAUUUUCAGAAAAAAAGGGAGUUUCUAUACUUACUGUGAGGGGAGAUAUUACAUUGUUCGGUAUUUUGUAUUAACACGGAAAAAGAUAAUGUAAUAAACAAAUGCUGUGAUGUCAAACAAAAACACAUUUUCAUACUGUUCUUUAAUGUAAUUUGCUCCAACAUUUCCAUGAAUUAUUAAUUCAACAAAAUUAACGACUUGCCAGAUCAAUUCUUUUGGGAGUUUCUGUGCUCAUGUUCAGCAGGAGUUUAAGAUGGGACAAAACUUGUCAAUAAAAAAAAUAAUG